AGCACACAAAUGGGUUUAAUCGUGAGCUUUUCCAUUCGAGUAAUGGUUUUUUGUUGAUCGCAUUUGCAUUGAGCUUGAUAUUUGAGCUCCAAUUGAACUGCCCGAUUUUUUAUUUGGAUCGAAAAUGGCGUUAAAUAAUACAGAGAAGAGGAUGGAUUUUGUGACAUUUCAAAACACAAUCGAUGGAAAAUUGUGCAAAACGACGCAAAGUAGACAUGGCAUCAAUCCAUCUACCAGUGAAGCCAACCCUGAGGUUCCACUCUCCACCAUCACGGAACUCGAUGAAGCUGUGCGAGCAGCGAAGAAAGCUCAAAAGCUCUGGACUCGUACCUCCAUCACAGAGCGUCGCGCUAUCAUGCUCGCCUUCGCCGAUGCAUUUGCAAGCUACGAAUCGGAAUUCGUUGAUCUAGUUAUCAUGGAACAAGGGAAGGCAAAAUUCCUUGCCCAUGAUGAGUUUGCUCGUGGUUUAGCCAUGAUUCGAGAAACCACAGAGCUCUUGCUUACCGAAGAAGUUGUUGAAGAAACCGAUACCAUGGUCGCAAGUGUGAGAUAUGUACCGAUUGGAGUGACGUGUGGAAUAGUACCUUGGAACUAUCCGAUUCUGCUUGCGAUGGGAAAGCUAGUGCCCUCGGUGUGGGCUGGGAAUGCAAUUAUCAUGAAGCCCAGUCCUGAUACGCCAUAUUGUGGGCUCAAGAUUGUGGAAUUGGCAAACAAAUUCUUUCCUCCGGGAGUAGUGCAGGCCUUGAGUGGUGGACACGAAUUCGGACCCAUGUGUACUAUUCAUCCUGGGAUUGACAAAAUUGCAUUUACUGGGAGCAUUGCAACGGGUAAAAAGGUAAUGGAGAGUUGUGCUAAAACUUUGAAGCGAGUUACCUUAGAAUUGGGUGGGAAUGACUCGUGUAUUAUAUGUGAGGAUGUCGAUAUCGCAAACGUGGUUCCUCAGGUCGCUCAUCUCGCAUUGCUGAACUCCGGUCAGAUUUGCAUGGACAUAAAGCGUCUGUACGUCCAUGCAGACAUUUACGAUGAGUUCAUGUCAGCUCUCGUAGCUUAUAUACCCAAGCUAAAAGUUGGACCUGGGGGUGAUCCCACAAGUUGGGUAGGCCCGUUGCAAAGCAAAGCGCAAAUGGACACGGUUCAAACUUUCUACGACGACAUCAAAAAGAAUGGACUUAAAGUCGCCCUUGGAGGUUCAAAUGACAGCUUUAAAACGGACGACACACUGAGCAGAGGUUAUUUUGUCAAUCCAACCAUCAUUGAUAACCCGCCCGACACCGAAAGAAUCGUGCAACUCGAGCCUUUCGGUCCUAUUUUUCCGGUUCUCAAAUGGAGCGGCUCAGAUGAGGAUAUUGUAGACAGAGUUAAUAAUACCAAUACAGGAUUGGGGGCGUCGGUCUGGAGCAAAGAUGUGAAGAGAGCCGAGAAGAUGGCUCGGGAACUACAGGCUGGAAGUGUGUGGGUGAAUGCUCAUUUUUAUCUUAGCGCCAAAGUACCGUUUGGGGGGUUCAAGAACAGCGGGAUUGGAAUGACAUGGGGAUUGGUGGGAUUGAAACAUUGGUGUAAUGCACAGAGUGUCUGGUUGCCGAAGGAGAAGGCGAAGAUUUAAGAUUCAACAUUAUAUAAGUAAGUUUUCUGCAUUUUUCGAAAUUGGACCAGCGCAGCUUUCCCAUGUUAUGUCUCAGUGUGUAUCGCAAUCCAUAGAUUAGGGUUUAUCUCCAGAAAUUAUGUCAGUUCUAUUGUUUGUCUGGAAACCUCGAGCUACCGCUGUAUGCCAAGAUGUUCUUUUAGAAACCGAAUCCUUCAACUAGAAGUGUGCAAUGACUCGUUUCUCAUGGAAGCAAAAGACUGCAAUUUCACACAGG